CCCCCCCCCAUCCGUGCGCAAUGCUGAGCGGACCGACACUCCGCGACCCGAUGGGACUCAUCGACGCGAGGCACCUUCCGCAGCUGAUGUCCCUGGAGGACCGAGAGCCCACCCUGGUGGGAGGGACCCUGGGGCCGCACAACGCCACGCCGCCCGGGGAGGAGGGGGCUCCGGGUCACCAGCACCAGUCCUUCCCCUGGGUGGCUACCCUGCUGGCCGGCGUCCUGAUCACGACCAUCGUGGUGGAUGUUCUCGGGAACCUACUGGUCAUCGUGUCCGUGUUCCGGAACAAGAAACUCAGAAAAGCAGGAAACGCCUUCGUGGUGAGCCUGGCUGUCGCCGACCUGGUGGUCGCCGUCUACCCUUACCCGCUGGUGCUGUCCGCCAUCUUCCACGACGGCUGGAUCGCCGGCUACCUCCACUGUCAGAUCAGCGGCUUCCUGAUGGGCCUCAGCGUCAUCGGCUCCAUCUUCAACAUCGCGGCCAUCGCCAUCAACCGCUACUGCUACAUCUGCCACAGCCUCAGGUACGACGCGCUCUUCUCCAACGGCCGCACCGCCUGCUACGUGGUGCUGGUCUGGGCGCUCACCGCCCUCGCCAUCGCGCCCAACUGGUUCGUGGAGUCGCUGCAGUACGACCCGCGGGUGUACUCCUGCACCUUCGCCCAGUCGGUCAGCCAGGCGUACACCAUCGCGGUGGUGGUGGUGCACUUCGUCCUGCCCAUCGCCAUCGUCAGCUACUGCUACCUGCGCAUCUGGAUCCUGGUCAUCCGGGUGAGGAGGCGGGUCAAGCCCGACUCGCGGCCCAAGAUCGGCCCCCACGACGUCCGCAAUUUCCUCACCAUGUUCGUGGUGUUCGUGCUCUUCGCCGUCUGCUGGGCGCCGCUGAACCUCAUCGGCCUGGCGGUGGCGCUGGACCCCGGGCUGAGCCGGGCGAUACCGGAGUGGCUUUUCACGGCCAGCUACUUCAUGGCGUACUUCAACAGCUGCCUCAACGCCGUGGUCUACGGCGUCCUGAACCACAACUUCCGGAAGGAGUACAAGAGGAUCGUCGUGAUCGUCUUCGGGUUCCGCUGCUGAAAGCCGGGCCAGAAGGGGUCCGGGCCCUCGUUGUUGAGCUUCGUGCCGUUAGAGAUAAAAUGUUCUUGAGUAGCUGGAGGUGAAGAGGAGGACGACAGGUGGAGGAGAGAGACACACAAGUGAAAUGAACGAUACCAUCCAGUUAUCGGUGAGGCCUUCAGGGAACUCGACAGACUUUGCAGAGGGAGUAACUCAGUAAUGCAGCUUGUCAAACCUCCUUUUGGUUAUAAAGACAUUACUUACUGUUCACAUUUUUAAAAAAGUGUGUCAUACUGUCAUUUGUUGUUGGGUUUUACAAACAUUCUUAUUUUCUUCCCUUUCAUUUAUUUUAAUGCAUUAAGUGAUCUUUGAACAACUUUUGGGAACUUUUUUAAAAGGAUUGGGAAGGACCAAUGCUGAUGCUGCUCUGAACAAAGGUGCUUUUUCUCCCCCAAAAAAGAACUUAUUGAAUAGAAUAACAAAUCUGUGCUUUUUGGAAAUAAUAAUUAUGUACUUUUGAAUCAAGGAAUGAUCAAAAAGGUUAAAAGGUGACCCACUAAAACCUAAUAGAGGCAGAGAAUCUCCUUGGCUUUAGUCCCUGUGUUGAUCACUUAAAAAGCCCAACUCUCACUGGGACAAAGACAACGAUGAAAAGACCCAAGGACACAAUUCAUGCUUCAAUUCAGCUGCAAAAAGGACAUGUGAGACUUGGAGAUAUUUAAACAUUAUCUCAAAGGAAUAUAUGCUUUAUGGCACCCGUUGAGUCAAGCUGAGAACAAAAACAACGCCCUCACGUUGUUUGGGGUAAAUGGGGGGGGCUUUUGUUGCAGCACAUGGCUUACUAAUCGUGCCAUAGUCUCAUGUCCAACGUGUUGACACAAACGUUUUAUUAAGCAAUGCUAAAAACAUGCACCAGUUUGCACACCGCAGAAAUGAAACAAAGGGACAAACCUCGAGGUUGCAGGAUGUUCAUGGAUGUGACCCUGGUCCCACUACCUUUUCGUUCCUGGGGUGCACGGCCUCGCAGCCAUCGAGACUCUACGGACGGUUCUUGAUGUGGACGAGGAGUCGGAAGUUCAGGACUCGACGGUUGGUACCAACACGUGGGGCGGACACCUCCGGUCGGUGGUGUCUAGUCUUUCAUCCUGCGGGAACUUUCACACCUCGUCAGCCGCUUUUAUCUGGGACAAAAACACCUCUGAAGACUUUUUUCCUCGCACCUGGAGGUGUCCGUGUUUUCAGACACUUGUAAACCCGAAAACAGAAAACACGACAUCGCUGCCGUUCAGAAGCAAUACCCUUUCAUUUCAACCUUUGCAAAAAGCACUUAAUUACACAUUAAAAACACCCUCAAAUAGUGAAUAGAUUCACUUCACACUGAACAUUUGAUUAUCCAAACUCAAGAAUGACGCAACGUUAUGACGUCCUGGAGAGUAUUUCGACCGCGUCACUGUGGCUCGCUGCUGUAGAGCGGCGGCCGAAGGUUUCUGGCGAGAAAGCGGGUGUCUCCACUGUGCAUCACGCUGGCUGCUCUGGGACCAGUUGGACCGCAGAGGCGUCGGAGUGGGAAUGUGUGUAAAAUGUCGCCGCUCCCAAAACGUAAAAAAAAAAAAAAAAAAAAAACGAAAAUGGCUCUUUUGUUUGUCAUUACGUAGACGGCCUUCACUGGAUCAUUUGGAGGCCAAAUGGAUUCAAGCAGGACACUAAAAGUAGAGCACAGCACAGCACGAGAGCUUUUCUUUGACGGAGCCAGGUCAGUUGUCUCCGUGCUUCCUGUCUUCGUGCUAAGCUAACCAUCUAAAGGUCACGUGUUCGCUAUACAGAACUGGGCAUUCAUCAUCGAUCUAAACAGAGCGCUUCCACAAUCUAUAUAUUCAAUAAAUUGAGUCGUCGGUGACAAGCCAACAUGGAAUUUUGUACAAAUCCUUAAAUUAAAGCAAUAGUUUGGGAUUAGCACAAAGACUGGAAGGGGAGGGAUACAGCUCAGAUAUGUUAAAAAUAAAUCUUUAGUUUCAACUGCAUAAAUGACAAGAUUUACAUAUUGAAAUAAAGUUAUUGAAAUAUAUUGAAACAAGGGAUAUAGAUGUCUCUAAACUUG